AUGAGUGGUGGUGAUCCGGGGGCGCUUCCGAUGCGUUGGUUGCGAUGUCCGCGGAAAUCCGACGGAUUCAUCGGCGGGAAGUUUCUCGCAUUCAAGACCCCCCUUGAUGCCAAAUUCAAUCCCCAAGUUCCUCUGGAUUGUCGCUUUAGCCCGGAUAUGCUCUUGAAGUCCAUGAAGAACGCCGGGAAAAAAGUGGGUCUCUGGAUGGAUCUGACGUUCACCAGUAGAUUCUACGAUUCGGCAAGACUGAAAACCCUGGAGGAGGAUUUGCGAUACGUCAAGCUCCAGUGUCGUGGACACGAAGAAACUCCGACUCUUGAACAAACGAACAGUUUUCUCGGGAUCUGUUCUCAGUUCAUUUCUAUGAAUCCUCUCAGCGUUGUCGGGGUCCAUUGCACCCACGGCUUCAAUCGAACAGGCUUCCUCGUUGUUUCGUAUUUAGUUGAAAAGGAAGACUGGUCUCUGGAUCGCGCAUUGGACGAAUUCUCUCGGUGUAGGCCGCCUGGAAUCUACAAGCAAGACUACUUGGAUGAACUCCAUCAUCGGUAUGGAGAUCCGGAUGAUGAAGUUCCCCGUGCUCCUGUAAGACCAGAAUGGUGUUACGACGACAAUAUUGUCAACGUGGCACCUUCGAGUUUCAAUGGACAAUCUCACGAUCCUUCAUCAGACAAGGGACCUGGUCAAUGUUCGCAAUUCAUGGAGGGUGUUGAGGAUGUCGUGCUGUUAACUGUGCAGCGAACAGUCACUCAAAUUCAGCGCAGAGUUCAAGAACUUUGUGGAUGGAAGAAAUCCGGUUUCCCGGGCAGCCAGCCGAUUUCCAUGGAUGUGGAAAAUGUCAAUAAUUUGUCCACGAUGCCGUAUAUGGUGUCGUGGAAAGCAGACGGAACUCGAUACAUGAUGCUGAUUGAUGGACGUGAUCAGAUUUUCAUGCUGGAUCGCGACAACCGUAUCUUUAAAGUGCCUCGGCUGCGAUUUCCGAAACGGAAAGACAUGAAAGGAGACGUUCGAGACACGCUUGUCGACGGUGAAUUGGUGAUAGAUGUGGUUGAAAACCAGAAGAUUCCGCGAUAUCUGGUGUACGAUAUAAUAAUCUUCGAGGGGAACAACGUGGGAAAAUUACCGUUUCCUGACCGCCUCAGAUGCAUUGAACACGAAUUAAUCAACCCUCGGAAUGCGGCAACGGUGAAGGGGUUCUUGGAUCGAACCAGAGAACCCUUUGGGGUUCGACUGAAGCCCUUCUACGAGCUGAGUUGCGCGGGUACUUUGCUCGGCGAGAAGUUCAUUAAAUCGCUGGCCCAUGAGCCUGACGGAUUAAUUUUCCAGCCCAGCAAACAAUCUUACUUGAAAAACGUGGUUUUUUAG